UGUGGCCCUGCAGAGCUAACGCCAUCACAGCAGAGCACGGCGUCCUGUCAGAGCGUUUCUACAUAACGGAAUGGAAUAUAGAGCUGCGGGUCACUAGACGCGUGUAAACUGGCCUCUGUUUUGGCGGCACACAAAGCAAUGUGGAGGAAAUAAAAAUCCUGAUACGCUGAAAACCAGAGAUUAUAGAGAAUGGGCUGUGUGCAAUGCAAGGAUAAGGAAGCAACCAAAUUGACAGACGAGAGAGAAACCAGCCUCUCCCAGGGGGGGAGCUACCGCUAUGGGGCUGACCCCACGCCGCAGCACUACCCCAGCUUGGGGGGCGCCGCCAUCCCCAACUACAACAACUUCAACACCCCCGUCGGACAGGGGAUGACUGUCUUCGGGGGGGUCAGCACUUCCUCUCACACUGGAACCCUGAGGACUCGUGGAGGGACCGGAGUCACCCUCUUUGUGGCACUUUAUGACUACGAGGCGCGGUCAGAAGACGACCUCAGCUUCAGGAAAGGAGAACGCUUCCAGAUCAUCAACAGCACUGAAGGGGACUGGUGGGAUGCUCGCUCGCUCACCAGCGGGGGCAGUGGCUACAUUCCCAGUAACUACGUGGCUCCAGUGGACUCCAUCCAGGCUGAGGACUGGUACUUUGGUAAAUUGGGCCGUAAGGAUGCAGAGAGGCAGCUGCUGUCCACUGGCAACCCUCGAGGAACCUAUCUGAUCCGGGAGAGUGAAACCACAAAGGGUGCCUUCUCUCUGUCCAUACGGGACUGGGACGAUGUGAAAGGGGACCAUGUCAAGCAUUAUAAGAUCCGAAAGCUGGACAGUGGCGGUUACUACAUCACCACCAGGGCUCAGUUUGAUACUCUGCAGCAGCUGGUGCAGCACUACUCAGACCGGGCUGCCGGGCUCUGCUGCCGCUUGGUGGUCCCCUGCCACAAGGGGAUGCCCCGCCUCGCAGACCUGUCCGUUAAAACUAAGGAUGUGUGGGAGAUCCCGCGGGAGUCGCUGCAGCUCAUCAAGCGUCUUGGGAACGGGCAGUUUGGGGAGGUCUGGAUGGAGAGUGCGGAUGGUUUGUGCUUUAAUUUAACGGCCGUGUGUGUGAACCACAUCCCUGACACUGUGGGCUUGAGUCAUGAUGCCUGGGAGAUCAGCAGAGACACUCUUGUGAUGGAAAUAAAGCUGGGCACGGGAUGUUUUGCUGAUGUGUUUUACGGAACGUGGAACGGCACCACUAAAGUGGCGGUGAAGACCCUGAAGCCCGGCACCAUGUCCCCCGAGUCCUUCCUGGAGGAGGCUCAGAUCAUGAAGAAGCUGCGCCACGACAAGCUGGUGCAGCUCUACGCCGUGGUGUCGGAGGAACCCAUCUACAUCGUCACAGAGUACAUGGGCCAAGGAAGCCUGCUGGAGUUCCUGAAGGACGGAGAAGGCCGGGGGCUGAAGCUGCCCAACCUGGUGGACAUGGCCGCUCAGGUGGCCGCCGGCAUGGCCUACAUCGAGAGGAUGAACUACAUCCACAGAGACCUGCGCUCCGCCAACAUCCUGGUGGGAGACAACCUGGUGUGCAAGAUCGCUGACUUUGGCCUGGCCCGACUCAUCGAGGACAACGAAUACACCGCCCGGCAAGGGGCCAAGUUCCCCAUCAAGUGGACGGCCCCCGAGGCCGCGCUCUACGGGAAGUUCACCAUCAAGUCUGACGUGUGGUCCUUCGGCAUCCUGCUGACGGAGCUGGCCACCAAGGGUCGUGUGCCUUACCCAGGCAUGAAUAACCGGGAGGUUCUGGAGCAGGUGGAGCGGGGCUACAGGAUGCCGAUCCCCCAGGACUGCCCCGUCUCCCUGCACGAGCUCAUGCUGCAGUGCUGGAAGAAGGAUGCUGAGGAGCGGCCCACCUUCGAGUACCUGCAGGCCUUCCUGGAGGAUUACUUCACAGCCACGGAGCCUCAGUACCAGCCCGGGGACAACCUCUAGACCCGGGGACAACCUCCAGACCCGGGGACAACCUCCAGACCCGGGGACAACCUCCAGACCCGGGGACAACCUCCAGACCCGGGGACAACCUCCAGACCCGGGUCGGAAACUGGUAGAAACUCUGGAGCCUUCCCAGCCUUUGUUGAAUGAUCUGUACAGCUUCCUCAGUUCCACCUACAAAACUCCCCUCCCCCCCCCCCGAAUCCCCCCCACCAUGUCUGAACUCUGCAAAUGCUAUAAGCAGGGAAGUGGGGGGGUGGAUGAUGGACGGAGUUAACUGAUAAUGCAAUGUAUUCAAUGUAAAUAAGAAAGCUGGUUUUACUUUGUGUGUUUGCUUUAAGAUUGUAUUUUCUCCUGCACACAGCGAUGAAGGAUGCGUGUGACCUGACCCUGGAUCAGACUGUAGCCUUCUCCAGAGGUUCCAUUGGAUGCCAACAUAUAUUUUUUUCUAAUUUUCAAAUUGUGUAAAUAAUUCAGGCCCAGAUGAUUUCUUUAAUCUUAACUUCUUCUCAACUGCAGAGGCUUCUCAGACGAGCAGACCUCAUCACUUUGAAAACAGUUGGAUGAAAGAUAUGUCUUGGUUCUACUGCAAGUGUUGUUUCUGUUAGCUGGAAGAAGAAAGCUUGGGUUAUCUUGAAUGUUUGUCAGGUGGUGUAGAGUGCUGCAGCUGGACCUGGACCGCUCUCCUCCUCCCUGAUUCCUUCUUUACGUUCCACUUGUUUCAUUUGGACUAUUUGACUUGAGAACCCUUUCAAAUGAAAGGCACUUGGACUGUGUGUUCAGAGGAGGCUUCAACACUUCAGAACAGAAGUCAGGAUCUGAAGCCACUGAAUGAAGAUGAGCUGAUCAGGUCUCAAUGCACAUGGUUUUGUUGCCAUGGAAACCCCUUAUUUGUUCAGUUUUACAGCUAAAUGGUUUUAAGUGUCGCUUACUUUCCUUUCUUUACACUUUUUCAUUUCCAUUUUUAACAUAACUUGUUUUGUUCAUUCAGUGAUUUGGCAUUUGAAUUUCAGAAAAGAACAAUAAACCUUUUACACUCUU